AUGGACGGCCUUUCGGGCGCAGCAAGCGUCAUCGCAGUAAUCGACAUAUCCGCCAAGAUUGCGUCGCUAUGCGUCCAGUACUCUAUGGCCGUAAAGGACGCGAAGGGCGAUAUUGAACGUGUGCAGAGAAAAGUUAGCGACAUCAACCACGUGCUGAAGAAGAUUAAGCAGCUUCUCGACAGCCAGGACAAGACGCGGCUCUCUGCCACCCAAGGGCUACUAGACUCGGUCGAACAAUGCCUGAAUGAGCUGGAAACCCUAGACAUGAAGCUAGAACCGGGAAAGACCCGCAAGACUAUGAGCCGGUUCGGUUUACGUGCGCUUAAAUGGCCGUUUACGAGCAAGCAGGUGGACAAGAUUAUUUCGAGCUUGGAAGGGUACGAACAGACCUUUGGCUUAGCGCUGCAGGUUGAUCAGACGGCUGUUGUAUUCAGCAUAGACCAGAAACUAGACCUAGCUAAACUACCCAUCGCCCAAGGAGCGUCCUACGACUCACAUACGGAGGAACACAAUGCGCGAUGCCUACCAAACACCCGCACCGCACUGCUGCAUGACAUUGCGAAAUGGGCACAAGAUAAGGAUAGCAAGUCUAUAUUCUGGCUUAGCGGCAUGGCUGGCACGGGAAAGUCUACGAUUGCGCGGACGAUUGCCGAAUCAUUUGCCAGGCGCGGCCAGCUAGGAGCAAGCUUCUUCUUCAAGAAAGGUGAGGGCGAACGUGGCAACGCCUCACGGUUCUUUACUACCAUCGCCACGGAUCUAGUCGCGUGCGAGCCAGGGAUGCUGCCUAGCGUUAGGAAGACGCUCGACGAGGACCCAGCUAUAUCACACAAAGCUCUAAAAGACCAGUUCGAGAAGCUUAUUCUACAGCCACUUCUAGGGAUAAAGCAGACUCGCUCGCGGGCCUUGGCGCGAGUUGUCGUGAUCGACGCGCUAGACGAAUGUGAGCGAGAAGCAGACGUUCGGGCGAUCCUUCAGCUGCUCGCUCAGACGAAGGACAUUCGCCAAGUGCCACUACGGAUCGUGGUCACCAGUCGGCCAGAACUCCACAUCCGUCUCGGCUUCAAGGAGAUGCCGAACGGCACAUACCAGGACCUCAUCCUCCACGAAGUACCAAGGAGCACGAUCGAGCAUGACAUCCGUCUGUUCCUAGAGCAUAAGCUUAGUAUGAUACGAAAAGAACGCAUGCUAGCCUCAGACUGGCCAGCCCAACAGCAUAUUCUGGCGCUAGUUGAGUUAGCUGUGCCGUUGUUCAUCUACGCUGCCACUAUAUGUCGGUAUGUUGGCAGUAAAGGAGGCGACCCCGAAGCGUAUCUGAACAAGGUCUUGCAGUAUCCAAAGACAGCUUUUUCACAGCUCGACCGAACCUACCUUCCCGUCCUAGACCAGUUGCUUGUUGAGCAGGAAGAAAGAGAUAGAGAAGAUUGGCUGCGCGUCUUCCGUGAACUCGUAGGUAGCAUAGUCAUCUUAGCAAGUCCACUUCCUGUCGGCCCCCUUGCGCGCCUCCUUCAAGUUCCGAAGAAACAAGUCGAAUGCCGGUUAGAUGCCUUGCACUCCGUUCUUAGUAUUCCUGACAGGGAGGACGUUCCUAUCAGGCUACUGCACCUGUCCUUUCGCGAGUUCCUUCUCGACCCCCAAAAGCAAGCAAAGAGCCCGUUCUGGGUGGAUGAGAAAAGGACACACCAGAAACUUGCAUCUCGCUGCCUUAAGCUUAUGUCUGGAUCUAGCGGCCUACAUCAAGACAUGUGCAACCUUGCAGGGCCUGGAGUGUUGAGGAGCGAGAUAGACAAGCAGAUAGUUGCUACUAGGCUGCCACCCGAUCUACAAUAUGCGUGUCGCUACUGGGUUGAUCAUCUCGUCCAGAGUAGGCAAGAUAUUGUUGAUAGAGACGCAACGCACCUCUUUCUACAGAAGCACCUUCUUCAUUGGUUUGAGGCGAUGAGCCUUAUUAGAGAAUCAAGCAGAUGCGUCAAUUUGCUUAACAGCCUUCAGGCACUUACUAGUCCCUCUUCAGAGCUAGUUUUGGGCUUUCUUCAUGACGCUAAGCGGUUCGUGCUGCGGUUCCAAUCUGUGCUUGCAGAUUCACCGUUGCAGAUCUAUUACUCAGCGCUAGUGUUCGCACCAGAGAAGAGCGUAAUACGACAAACAUUUGUAGACCAAGUUCCAGAAAAGGUUAAGAUGCUAUCUAUGAAAGAAGCCGACUGGGACGCGUGUCGCAGUACGCUCGAGGGCCAUUCAUCAGGUGUUGGCGCAGUGGCCUUCUCGCCAGACGGGCAACUAGUUGCGUCGGCAUCUUAUGACAAGACAGUGCGGCUGUGGGAGGCAGCGACAGGGACGUGUCGUAGCACACUCGAGGGCCAUUCCUCAUAUAUUGAAGCAAUAGCCUUCUCGCCAGAUGGGCAGCUAAUCGCGUCAGCGUCUGACGACAAGACAGUGCGGUUGUGGGAAGCGGCGACAGGGACGUGCCGUAGCACAUUCGCGGGCCAUUCUGAGCGAGUUAGCGCAGUGGCCUUCUCGCCAGAUGGGCAGUUAGUCGCGUCAGCGUCUGACGACAAGACAGUGCGGCUGUGGGAAGCGGCGACAGGGACGUGUCGCAGCACGCUCGAGGGCCAUUCCGAGUUGGUUAGGGCGGUGGCCUUCUCGCCAGAUGGGCAGCUAGUCGCGUCAGCGUCUGACGACAAGACAGUGCGGUUGUGGGAAGCGGCGACAGGGACGUGUCGUAGCACGCUCGAGGGCCAUUCCUCAUAUGUCGGCGCAGUGGCCUUCUCACCAGACGGGCAGCUAGUCGCGUCAGCAUCUUUAGGCAACUCGGUGGCCUUCUCGCCAGACGGGCAGCUAGUCGCGUCGGGAUCUGGCGACAAGCCAGUACGGCUGUGGGAGGCAGCGACGGGGACGUGUCGCAGCACGCUGGAGGGCAUUUCCUCGCCUGUCAACGCUGGAUCCUUCUCGCCAGACCAGAACACAGUACAGCUGUGGGAGGCGGCUACAGGGAGGUAUCGCAGUACGCUCAAGGGCAGUUCAUCGUAUGCCGGCGAUGUGGCCUUCUCGCCAGACGGGCGGCUAGUCACAUUGGCACUUGGGGACACGACAGUGCGGCUAUGGGAGGCGUCAACGGGGACAUGUCGCAGCACGUUCAUGGGCCAUUCCAUGAAUGUCUGGGCGGUGGCCUUCUCGCCAGAUGGGCAGCUAGUCGCAUCAGCGUCUUCUGACAAGACAGUGCGGCUGUGGGAGGCGGCGACAGGGACGUAUAGCAGCAUACUCGAGGGCCAUUUUACAAGUGUUAAGGCGGUAGCCUUCUCGCCAGACGGGCAGCUAGUUGCGUCAGCAUCUUUCGAAGACACAGUACGGCUGUGGGAGGUGGCUAUAGGGACAUGUCGCAGCACGCUCGAGGGCCAUUCUAGGAGUGUCAACGCAGUAGCCUUCUCGCCUGACGGACAGCUAGUUGCGUCAGCAUCUAAAGACAAGACAGCGCGGCUGUGGGAAGCGGCGACAGGGACGUGUCGCAGCACGCUCAAGGGCCAUUCCUCAGAUGUCUGGGCGGUAGCCUUCUCACCAGACGGACAGCUAGUUGCGUCGGCAUCUGAAGACAGGACAGUGCGGCUGUGGGAAGUGGCGACAGGGACGUGUCACAGCACGCUCAAGGGCCAUUCCUCAGAUGUCUGGGCGGUAGCCUUCUCGCCUGACGGGCAGCUAGUUGCGUCGGCAUCUUUUGAUAAGACAGUACGGCUGUGGGAAGCGUCAACGGGGACGUGUCGCAGCACGCUCAAGGGCCAUUCCGAGCGGGUUAGGGCGGUGGCCUUCUCGCCAGAUGGGCAGCUAGUCGCGUCGUCAUCUGAAGACAACACAGUACAGCUGUGGGAAGCGGCGACGGGGACGUGUCGCAGUACGCUAGAUAGCCCUUAUGGCUUCACUUCGUAUAUCAGCUUCUCGCCAGAUAGCCGGGUACUUCACACGUACCGAGGCGAUAUCCCUUUACCUCAAGCUAUAGUUGGCACAUCACUCUUGAAGCCAAGGUCGCAGUGCUCGUAUAUUCGAGUGCAGGAUCAGUGGAUAUUCCGCAACCAACAACGCUUCCUAUGGCUUCCGCCAGAGUGUCGAUCAAGCUUGACUAUAUUGUUAACAGUCUCCCUUAAGGACGACUUCCGCUAG